GCAACAGCUGACCGACCGGGUUGGAGAAAGACAGCUUAUCGGGCAAGUGGGGUCAACUCUCCCAAAGUGGCGUUGGGGGCAGCCGAUUCGGCACCGUCGGUUGGAGUCACUCACUCAUUUCCUUUUCUUUCCUCACCAUCCUCCACAGCUAGUCUCCUCUCCCCUAGUACCUGGUGUCUCCAAUUGGAGAGGUCGUGACAUCUUAUCUGUAUACUCCGGUCAUUCCUUCGCCUCCAAAUGACUUGAUGCUGUCCCAGUCUCCUUCACAACCUUCUCGGGGCUCUCGUCGCUCGAGUGCUGGAGCAAAAACUCGGGUUUGUGUCCAUUGCGGGCGCAGUUUCAGAAGGACGGAACAUUUGGAGCGACAUGUUCGCACACACACCAAAGAAAAACCGUAUAUAUGCUUCUGUGGCUCCGCAUUCACCCGACGAGAUCUGUUGAAGCGACACACAACCAUUGCACAUCAAAGUACCAGUGGUCUGGUUUCGCCGAAUUCGCAACCGGAUCACGAAGCCUUGGACCAUGCCAAUAGAGCCGGGACUUCAGAGCCUACCACUAUUCCACCCCACUAUAACAAUGUUCAACCAACACCGCGUCCAGAUGUUCCGAUCCCCAUGCCGCCCAUUGCAGAACAGUGGGCAGGACCUCAACGUGGGCCAUACAUUGAGCAGGAUCGCAAUGCUGUUAUAAAUACGGGGACUAGUAGUGCAGGUGAACUUGGUGCGCAUGCUGGCGCAGUCGGUCACGAUGCGGAGAUUUUGGAAGCUGCACAGCUGCUUCUUCCGGGCAAUUACCGACAUGCACCACCUCCAGCCCAACCAAUCCCUUACCUACAUGAGGAGCUGAAUCAUUUCCAGGAUUUCACGCAUUUUCUGGACUCGAUUGGUCUCCCGUCAGAGUGGGUGCCAGCAUUUGGGGACAUGUCUCAGAUUCAAAACCCCGUUUCAACUGAACAACCCGAGUUCAGCAGAAGUUCUGGGGAACAACACGAAUCCUCAUCGCGUCCGCGCCAGUCUGAGAGGUCACGGGCCGACUCGCCCUUCCGGUCGUGGUUGCCGUCCGUACCUCCAGGAGACCAGAGCUUCGCAUCUGUAUCUGACUACGAGCCUCCUCAAAUUAGCAAGAGUCCAAUAUCGCUCAAAGUUACAGAGGAGCAGCGGCAGCGUCUGGCGGCCUCCUUGGACGAGUUCCGUUAUCUCAUACCAGAUUUUGUCUUACCUUCGCGUCAUACGUUGACCAGAUACUUGACUUCCUUCUUUUCUGGCUUCCAUACGCAUCUUCCUUUUCUCCAUGUACCGACAUUCCGGGUCAACGACAGAGCUCCAGAGCUCAUUCUAGCUCUCAUGACAAUAGGCGCUCAAUAUCGCUUCGAGCACCGUAAUGCUGAGAGACUCUUUUAUGCAGCCAAGGCGAUAAUACCAUUGAACAGUAUCCGGGACUCAUCUCAGCGCUCGGGCCAGGAUCCGUUACUCUCGUCGCCAGAGUUUGCCGCAGGAAUGAACGCUUGGAGGAGAAUUGAGACUAUUCGCACCCUGUUAGCUUUGAUGGGGUACUCUACAUGGGAGAAGGCUGAGCUUGUUCAAGAAGCGUUUGGCCUACAGAAUCUGCUCGUUAGGUGCUUGCGAGAACUCGGGCUCAUGGAGAACAUUACAGUUGCCCCACGGCAUUCUCCUCUGCAGUGGCAUGAAUGGGCCGAAGAGGAAUCCAUAAGACGCACUCGAUUCAUAUCCUUUUGCUUCGUUCACGUUCAUAGUAUCGCAUACAACAUUUACCCGGUACUCCGCAGUAGCGAAGUGCAUCUGCGUCUCCCGUGUUCCACGCCGGAAUGGAAAGCCGCCACAGCCCACGACUGGGAGGCCGCUCAAAAGGAGGUGGACUCUCAGCAACUAUUUUUUCAGGAUGCUUUGGCACUAUUGCUGCAACCUUCACGAAAUCCAGUACUUCUAGAUCCGAUCCCUGCGCCUUUGGGUAAUUAUAUUCUGCUUCAUGGCCUACUUCAACGCAUUCAUCUUGUGAGCGAGCUAUCUAUUCCGAAUGGGGAUCAGUCAUUCUCACUUCCGACCGAGGAGUUGAAUAAGUUAGAGAGAGCACUCCGGUCCUGGACUUCAGUCUGGCAACAAGCCCCCGAAUCUAGUCUUGACCCACAUAAUGAGAAUGGGCCAAUUCCGUUCACAUCCAGUUCACUCUUGGGUUUGGCAUAUGUCCGCUUGUCUCUCAAUCUUGGACCGCAUCGUCAGUUGGAGACACGGGAUCCAUAUCGUAUUGCCACCGCGAUACACAGAUCGCCGCGACCAGGAAGGAGCUAUAGGUUGACACCUGCCCUCAUUUAUUCUGCACACGCGCUGAGCAUUCCCGUACGCCUGGGUAUUGACCACGUGGCGCGCAGUCAAGCCUUCUUCUGGAGUGUGCGUCACUCACUUGCUAGUCUAGAGUGCGCUGUUCUUCUCAGCAAAUGGCUUAUGUCCCUGGCUGAAACUGGCAGCAGCCAAGCCUUGAGCGAGAACGAGAAUCGGAUAUUACAUUGGACACGUUGCAUUGUACAAGAAGCUUACGAAUCAAUGGAUCUUGAAGACGGGGAAUCGUUCCCUAGCCAGGAUCCCGGAAGUCUUGGAUUGGCUGUCAUCAAGCUUUGGGCUCGACUCUUUCGGAAGAAUACCCAGUGGCCAUUCAUCAACGUACUUGGGGAGAGCCUAGAGCGGUAUCUCGCAUUUAUUCAACCCGGUUAGACAAGAACACGUUCUCGGUUCGAACCCAAUAUUCUCUUAAAUCACCAUACAACGGAUAAACAUCCUCUUACCUACAUAAAAGCGGGUGCUUUUCCACGGGUGCGUUGCCCAAAGCUCUGGUGUGAAGUUGCACCAUGUGGCACCUCAGGUUCUGUCCUAUGCCUUCGCGACUAACGUGAAAGUGGAGCAUGAUUCUCAUUUGGAGCGAGGAUCAGCGCUAGCAUCUCUCUUCUCUCGAGGC